AUGGCCGGAGAUAGUAUCCUGGUUUUUGGGGCUACUGGCCCUGCGGGCAUCUCCCUUCUGCGCGAAUUGCUGUAUCGCAAACUUCCAGCUCUGGCUUAUUGUCGAAAUCCUUCCAAGAUUCCCGAGGACCUGACCUCUAAUUCACUACUUGAGGUCGUCAAAGGAGACAUGUCUGAUCGCAAAGCCAUCUCUGGAGCUAUCGCCAAGUCACGGGCGAUUAUCUCACUCCUUGGGCCAAGCAGUCCCCGGCAACCCAAGAACACCGAGUUUGCCGACUACUACCGAACCAUCGUGCCACUGAUGAAAGAACAUCGAGUUGGGCGAAUAUUAGCCCUCGGCACCACAGCCAUGUAUCGGCCGGAUGACCAGAGCUCUGUUUCGCGUGCUGUUAUGAGUACGCUGAUCAAGGUUGUGGCGAGCGGCGCCUACCAUAAUAUUCUGGCUAUUCAGGAUUAUUUUGAGCAUCUCGAUGAAAGUUCUAUCGAGUGGACAGUCUUUCGAGUGGGCAAUCUAUUAAGUCGGGGCCUACUUAUUAAUUCAGCCAGGUUAGAUAAAUUAGCUAUUUUUCUAUAUCUAUAG